AUGUAUAUCAAGCAGAUCAUUAUCCAGGGCUUCAAGAGCUACAAGGACCAGACCGUCAUUGAACCCUUCUCGUCAAAGACAAAUGUCAUCGUCGGUCGCAAUGGCUCCGGGAAGAGUAACUUCUUUGCCGCCAUCCGCUUCGUCCUCAGCGAUGCCUACACACAGAUGAGUCGCGAGGAGCGCCAGGGUCUCCUUCACGAGGGCUCUGGCUCCGCUGUCAUGUCAGCAUACGUCGAGAUCAUCUUUGACAAUAGCGACGACCGUUUCCCGACUGGCAACAAGGAGGUUGUUCUGCGCCGCACGAUUGGUCUUAAAAAGGACGAAUAUUCCGUCGACCGCAAGGUUGUGACCAAAUCGGACGUCAUGAACCUCCUCGAAGCUGCAGGAUUCUCGCGAUCAAACCCAUACUACAUCGUGCCCCAAGGACGAGUCACUGCCCUGACCAACAUGAAGGAGUCGGACAGACUGAACCUGCUGAAGGAGGUAGCGGGAACACAAGUGUACGAGACCCGUCGUGCCGAGUCGCUCAAAAUCAUGAACGAGACCAACAACAAGCGAGAAAAGAUCGACGAGCUUCUCAAGUACAUCAAAGAACGACUGGAUGAGCUGGAGGAGGAAAAGGAAGAGCUCAAGGCCUAUCAGAACAAGGACCGAGAGAAGCGAUGCCUGGAAUACGCAUACUACUACAGCGAGCAGACUAAAAUCCAGAACUCUCUGGAGGAACUCGACAACGCCCGGCAAGACGGCCUUGACAACACUGACAUAAGACGAGACGAGUUCACGGAGGGCGAAAAGGCGAUCGAGAAGCUUGAUGCGGAAGUACACAAACUCCAGCGUGACAUGGAGAUGUUGCAGAUUGAUCGACGACAACUUGAGGAAGAUAGGCGCGACAAUGCAAAGGCGCUGGCCAAGGCAGAAAUGAAAACCAAGAACCUCAGGGAAGGACAAUCUGCCCAAGAGCAAGCGCGAGCACAGCAUGAUGCAGAACUGGAAUCAGUCCAAGCUGACAUAGCCGCCAAAGAGGAAGAGUUGGCGACAAUCAUCCCCGACUAUAACAGACGGAAAGAAGAGGAGGCCGAGGUACGAAGGCAACUCGAUCAUGUGGAGGCCACGAGAAACCGUCUUUUUGCCAAGCAAAGCCGAGGCUCUCGAUUCAGAAACAAGAGCGAGCGUGAUGCCUGGCUAAGGCAAGAGAUCGAGGAGUUGAAUCGCACCAUCAGCACCCAGAAGGCCAACAAGAUUGAUGCGGACGAGGAGGUUGAGAGGGUUCAGCAGUCCAUCUCCCAGACCGAGCAAGAGGUUUCUGAUCUUCGAACUCGCCUGGCCAAUUUCAACAGUGAAAGACAAGCCAUCUCAGAUGAGGCAACCAAGGCACACGACGUUCUCGAGAAACUGAAUGACGAACGGAAGCUCGUUAGACGAGAGGACGACAAACUCAACAAACUCAUUGGUGAUGCUCGGCAAGAGAAGGAGUCAUCGGAGCGUGAGCUGUCGAAUACUAUGGACGGAGCUACUGCGCGUGGUCUGGCAACUAUCCGACGGCUGAAGCAAGAGAAUGACAUCCCUGGAGCAUACGGAACACUGGCAGAACUCCUCGAAGUCAGCGACGCCUAUAGACUUCCCGUGGAGCAAAUUGCUGGCGCCAGUCUCUUUCACUAUGUUGUGGACAAUGCAGACACCGCCACUCAUCUCGCAGAUGCUCUCUUCAGACAACGAGGAGGCAGAGUAACCUUUAUGCCUCUUGCUCAACUGCGACCACGACAAAUCAACUUACCGAGAUCCAACGACGCUGUACCGCUCUUGUCCAAGAUCUCGUACAACCCCGAGUACGAGAAGGCUUUCCAGCAAGUGUUUGGCAAGGUUGUUGUCUGCCCAAACCUGACUGUUGCCGGCCAGUAUGCCAGAAGCCAUGGCGUUGAUGGUAUCACUGCCGAAGGUGACACCACAAACAAGAGAGGUGCCAUGACUGGUGGAUAUAUCGAUCCACGAAAGUCACGACUGCAAGCGGUCCAGUCUGUCAACAAAUGGCGAGACAACUACGAGGAGAAGAUUGCCGAGUCUCGCGAUAUCCGCCGACAGGUUGAGCUCAAAGACCAAGAGAUCACAGCUGCCAUGUCAGAACUUCAAAAGCUGGAGCAGAAGCUGCGGCAGGCCGAUGACAGCUUCGGGCCCCUGAGGCAUGAGCUGAGGAACAAGUCGGUGCAUCUAGAGAACGAACGAAACCACCUUGAAGCUGCUAUCAAGCGUCGGGAGGGUGUGGAGAAGAACAUGAAUGUUUUCCUGGAAGAUGUUGCAGGUCACGAGGCUGAGCUUCAGACCGACUUCAAGAAGAGCUUGACAGCAGCCGAGGAACGCCAGCUGGAGGAACUCAGCGACAGUGUCCAGGAACUCCAGAAGCAGUGGAACGAGGCCAGCAAUGCUCGCCGUAGUCUGGAAACACGGAAGCAGCUCCUCGAGGGAGAUUUGCGCCAGAACCUGCAGCUGAAGCUUGACCAGCUCAACAGUCAAGCUUUUGAGAAUUCAGCAUCUGGACUAUCGUCAGGUGGUCUGAAGGAGGCGCAGAGGGAGCUCAAGAAGGCUCAGAAGGCUCUGAAAGCUGUCGAGGCCAGCCUUCAGGAGACACAGGCCAAGAUGGAUGACAUACAGAACCGUCUAGACCAGUUGGCCGUCGAGAAGGCGCAGCGAGAGCAGAGGCAGCAAGAAAUCUCGGGGAAGAUCGAGAAGCACAAGAAGAGAAUGGACAAGAGUCUACGUCAGAAGGCUCUCUGGACGGCGCGGGCUGCUGAACUCGCCAAGACCAUUCGGGACCUCGGUGUGCUCCCCGAGGAAGCAUUUGAUAAAUACGAAAACAUGGAGGAGAAGACGGUGAGUAUCAUUGUAAACGAGGCGCUCAAGAAGUACAAGCACGUCAACAAGAAGGCCUUUGAACAGUACAACAGCUUCACCACUCAGCAAGAUCAGCUGAUGAAGCGACGAAAGGAGCUGGACGCUUCCCAAACGUCUAUUGAGGAGCUCGUUGAGCACCUUGACCGUCGAAAGGAUGAAGCCAUUGAGCGUACCUUCAAGCAAGUUUCGAAAGAAUUCUCGACCAUCUUUGGUAAGCUGGUGCCCGCUGGUCAUGGUCGGCUGCUCAUCCAGCGACGGACGGAUCGUCGCCAGGAGCCGGCCGAUGACUCGGAGGGAGAGACACGGGGUGCUGUCGAGAACUACAUUGGUGUAGGAAUCAGCGUCUCGUUCAACUCGAAGCAUCUGGACGAGCAGCAAAAGAUCCAGCAGCUGAGUGGUGGCCAGAAGAGUUUGUGUGCUCUCUGCCUCAUCUUUGCCCUCCAGGCAACCGAGAGCAGUCCCAUGGUUAUCUUUGACGAGGUGGACGCCAACCUGGACGCCCAGUAUCGUACGGCUGUUGCAGCGCUCCUCGACUCCAUCUCCAACGAGAUUGGUACGCAGUUCAUCUGCACCACCUUCCGACCCGAGAUCGUCCACGUUGCAGACAAGUGUUACGGUGUGACGUUUGUCAACAAGACGAGCACCAUCGACUGCGUCACUGCGGAUGACGCCCUCAAGUUUGUCGAGGGUCAGGCGAGACCGAACUGA